AUGCAGUUCCAACUCCUCGCCCUUGCCACGGCUCUCUUGACAGGCGUGGCCGUUGCCCACCCCGGCCACGACCACAGCCUUAGCCAUUCCGAGAUCGCUCGCCGCUCGAACCUUUCCAAGCGCUGUGCGGUUGAGGCUGGAAAGUUCCGCGAUGUCCGCAGGAAGCGUGCCGCUGAGAAGCGCUCGCUUGUUAGCCGCUCCCUGGUCCAGCGUGACUCCAACGUCACCAUCCACACCGAGGGUCCUCACUACAACACCAUUCAGAACGACACAUGCGUUCUGACCCCUGAGGUCACCAAGGGUCCCUAUGUCUGGCCCCGUUCUCAGACUCUGCGACAGGAUAUGAGCGAGGGUCAGGCCGGCAUCCCUCUCUACCUGGACAUUGGCGUCAUGAACGUCAACACCUGCGAGACUAUGUCCGAUGUCUUGGUUGACCUCUGGCAUUGCAAUGCUACCGGCUCUUACAGCUCCUUCACCGGCCAGGACCCCAACACCCCCUUCGAGGAGCUCCUUGAGCAGCUCAACGUCACUAUCGGCCCCGAUCUGGACUUGCACACCGAUGACACCACCUGGCUCCGCGGCAUGUGGCCUACCGACUCCAACGGUAUCAUGGAGAUGAAGACCGUCUUCCCCGGCUUCUACGUUGAGCGCACGAUUCACAUUCACGCUCAGGUUCACACCGACUGGUCCGUCCGCAGCAACGGCACCAUCGUCGGCUCCAACAUUGCCAACACCGGCCAGAUCUUCUUCGACGAGGAGCUCAGCCAGAAGAUUAUGGCACUUGAGCCUUACGUUGGCCACACUGAGAUCAACCGCACCACCAACGACAUCGACAGCAUCUUCUCUGCUGAGGUUGUUGGCGGCUGGAACCCGAACAUGGUCGUUGAGCCCCUUGACGGCGAGGACGUCACCAAGGGUAUGCUUGCUUACAUCACUUUGGGUGUUGAGGCAUAG